GUGGCGCUCGGUCGGUCACGCUCGGGCUCCCCCUCUCUCGCUUCGCUCUGACUCCACACGUAUUUGGGCUUGGGCGGUCCCUGAGCGCCCUGAACGAAAACAAGCGGUUUGCUAUUACCGUCUUAUGUCUGGUAUAGAGUCGUCUGCAACUGCUGCCCUGGCUCUCUGAAUCAUGGGAGGACGAGGCCGAGGUAGAGGUAGAGGUUGGAACCGUGAGGGCCAGGGAGGCGCAGAAUCAGACAGAGCCCAGGGUCAUGCAUCUCCAAGAGGGCGAGGAGGUCCCCCAGCCCAGAAUUUAGCUCAAAGAAGACUGGAGCAAAUGCAAAUGCAGCAAAUGCAGCAAAUGCAGCAACUGAGUCUUAAUUCGACCUCAAGGCGCCCUGAAGAAGGAGGCAGUCCUGGACCAAGCCGUCAAGUUGAGGGCGAAAGAGCAGGGCCGAGUCGUUCUGUUGAAGGAGUGCAAGCAGGACCCAGUCGUUCUGUCGAGGGAGGACGAGGAGGACCAAGUCGUCGAUUGGAUGAGGAUGGAGCUAGAUCAGAUGGUUCAGUAGGACCCGUGGGUCGCGGUGCAAUGCGCGGCAGGCGUGUUAUUGAGUACCAAUUCUUGAGGACUAAGCCGGAUACAAUCACAACCAAGCAGGGUAAUGCCGGGAAUCCCUCACCAUUGACCGCUAAUUAUUUCAAGUUAACAUCAAUCACUGACUGGACAUUGCAUCAAUACCGAGUGGACAUUGCUCCAGAGGAAGAUAGGACUUUUGAACGAAAGAAAUUAUUGAAAGUUCACCAAACAAAAAUUGGGGGUUACAUUUUUGAUGGAACUGUGCUGUACUCAUCUUCGCGUCUCACUACGUCACCAGGACAAUCCAUCACUUGGACAUCCGAAAGUGAUGCUGGUACCAAAUACACAAUUACAGUGAGACAUGUCAAUGAAGUGAAGUAUGGAGAUUAUUCCUAUCAACAGGUGUUCAACAUUCUAAUGCGAAAUUGUAUUAGAGCUCUUGGUUUGCAGUUAGUAGGGCGUGAUUAUUAUGACCCAGACCCUAGUGUCAAGAUUCAGAUUCGUGAAUUUGGUCUUGAGUUAUGGCCUGGAUACAAGACAAGUAUUCGUCAACAUGAGGCCGGGAUUCUCAUGUGUGCUGAAAUUACUCAUAAGAUCAUGAGGACAGAUACAGUUCUUGAUCAUUUGGCUCAAUGUUUGAGGGAAGCUGGUCCUCAUCAUUAUCGAGAUAAGUUUAGUAAGGAGAUAAUUGGAUGUAUAGUACUUACAAAGUACAAUAACAAAACUUACCAGAUAACUGAUGUGGAUUAUGACAAAAAUCCAGCAAGCUCCUUCACUUAUCAAAAUGCUGAUAUUACAUUUGCUCAGUAUAUGCAAACAAAGUAUCAAAUUCAAAUUCGUGAUAUGCGUCAGCCAUUGCUAGUUUCGAAGGCUAAAGCAAGAGAAAUUCGAGCCGGAAGAGAUGAAAUUAUCGAUCUGAUACCUGAAGUCUGCUAUGCCACAGGACUUUCAGAUAAUAUGCGAGGAAAAUGGCAGCUUAUGGCCGCUGUAUCACGGCAUACUCGUAUCCAACCAGCAGAAAGAGUCAAUAGGCUGCUUGCAUUCAACCGGCGUUUACAAACAAACCCACAGGUCAUGACAGAGUUCGGGAGAUUCAACAUGUCUUUGGACAAUCAGCUUGUAAGGGUUCCUGGACGCCAACUUGGUGUUGAAAAAAUAUAUUUGGGACGUGACAGUUCGGAACGUGACAUUGUAAAGGAGCCAACUUUGCCCAGUAUUGACUGGACCAACUCUGUCAAGUCAAACCCUCUAAUUGUGCCCAAGCAUUUGACUGAUUGGUUUGUGCUGGUCUCACCAAGAGACAAACAAAAUGCAGGCAGGUUUCUUGAAAUGUUGGAAAGAGCUGGGCGAGGGAUGGGUAUCACAGUGCAACCUCCUCAAAUUGCUAACUUGCCAAAAGAUGGCCUACAUGAAUAUAUUGACGCCCUGACUCAGAUCCUGAAUCACCAUCAGCCAAAGAUGGUCAUGGUAAUUGUGCCUAACAAUAAUGGUGCAAGAUAUGCAGCAAUCAAGAAAAAGUGUUGUGUGGAUCGUCCAGUGCCCUCUCAAGUACUAUUGGGUAAAAAUUUGAAUGAUCCCAAAAGGUCCAUGAGCGUUGCCACAAAAGUGAUGAUUCAAAUGAAUUGCAAGCUUGGUGGUGCUCCAUGGAGUGUAAAUAUUCCCCCAAAGGGUAUCAUGGUAGUUGGUUUUGAUGUAUGCCAUGACAGCCAAAACAAGGCUAGCUCCUAUGGUGCUAUGGUGGCCUCUUUGGACGAUGCCUGUACAAGAUACUUCUCAGCAGUGACAGCUCACACUAGUGGAGAGGAGUUGAGCAACAAUCUGGCCCUAAACAUCAUCAAGGCUGUCCGCAAGUUUCGUGAGAUUAACAACAAACUGCCUGCUAAAAUCUUCAUAUAUCGUGAUGGUGUGGGAGAAGGGCAGAUACAAUAUGUCUAUGACACAGAGCUGCAGACAACUUUAGAUAAACUUGCUCAAGCGUAUGGUGAACAACCUGUAUCGAUGGCUUUCAUUAUUGUCACUAAGAGGAUCAAUACUCGUCUUUUUAAGGAGAAUCAAAAUCCACCUCCAGGGACCAUUGCCGACGAUGUGAUCACUGAUCCGGAAAAGUACGACUUUUUCUUGGUCAGUCAAUCUGUUCGUGAUGGAACCGUGACACCAACGUCAUACAAUGUUAUACAUGACACAAGUGGCUUGAAACCCAAUCACCUCCAAUGGUUGACCUAUAAAUUGUGUCAUCUUUAUUAUAAUUGGAGUGGCACUGUACGAGUUCCAGCACCGUGUCAGUACGCCCACAAAUUGGCAUUCCUUGUUGGAAAUUCACUUCACCGAGAGCCUCACUUACAAUUAGAAGAUCUCUUGUACUUCUUGUAGAAUUUUUGAAUAAUUUUGAAAAUUUUAUCUUAAAUACUGGUGGCGGAUACACUUCUGUUGUAUUUCAGUGGCAGAUCCAGUGCAUUGUAGCACUGUUUGCCUACUUACAGGGGCAAAGUAUGGCCUUUCGCGGCUAUCUAGGUGCUAUUUGCGGGGGGGAGGGAUGGGGGUGCAAAAACCUGUUUGUUCCUCCCCUGUAUCUGCGCCUGUUGUUUGUAUUGUUGUUGCAAUCAUUAUUAUUUCUCUAUUAAGACUUAUUUUUGUGCUGUGGGCAUACAGUCUUCCCCAUCUAACUGAACUGUUUGCAAGGAAAAGUGUGAAUGUGGUGACAUCUUGGAAUUCCCCAACUGAUGUAUUGUUGUUGUCCCGCUCUUGCCCCCUUCACACAAAAAUAUGCAUGAUAUAUUGGUGAUGGCACUCUUUUACAUCUUUACUUAAUAAGCAAUAAUAAUGAUCUUUUUUUAUUUUAUGUUAUGUUAAAUUGAAUUUGUUAAAUGUUCGUUGUUUUUUUUGACUGAAUCUCAUAAGUACAAAUUAAGUUGACAUAAGUUCAAUUAUGAUGAAUAUUACAAUAAACUAUUUUAGCAAAUCGCUGGACAGGUAGUCAAGGACAAAACUAAGAAUUAAAACCGCUUCUGCGCAUGUGCAGACUGGUCCAGGAAUUCGUUAAAAUACCCUGUUUUAUUUCUUUUAUAUCUUAUCAGUGUGCACCUAUUUGUUUAAAAUAUUUUAAAAUAUUUUUCUAACAAAAUUAAUGAAUAAGUUUAACACCCAAUAAUAAUAUUUUUUUACUAAUACAAACUUUUCAAAGUAUAAA